GUGACUGCGAGCAUGUGAUUUUUGUUGGAGGAGCAUGAAAAUUUGGUUCGAAAGAAGAGGAAAAUCGCCCGUUUGCCCCAUGGAAUAGCCUUGCGAUUUGGUCAUUUGGAAAGAGAGAUGCCAGAUAAAAGUAUAUUUUUCUGAUUACAGGGAUUUGCAAAGUAAGAGAUGGUGACGGUGCCAUCCCCUCAAUGUGUUGGACGAGAAUUUGUCCGGCAGUAUUACACCCUCCUGAAUCAAGAACCUGUACAGAUUCACAGGUUUUACACAAAACAAUCCUGGUUUCUCCAUGGGAGGGCAGAGAAUGGCCCUACUGAACCCCCUGUGAUUGGUCAAGAGGCAAUCUACACCAAGAUCAAAGAACUCAAUUUUCAUGACUGCCACACGAAGAUCAGACAAGUAGACAGUCACUCCACUGUUGGUGGAGGAGUGGUAGUGCAGGUGUCUGGUGAACUAUCCAAUAAUGGACAGCCCAUGAGGAGGUUUAUGCAGACCUUUGUCUUGGCUCCUGGCGAGGGUCCAAGAAAGUAUUACGUUCAUAAUGACAUAUUCCGUUAUCAAGAUGAAGUGUUUUCAGAGGAGACAAGUGACGAGCCAGCUGAUGGGACUGUUGAUUCUGAAGGUGAAGAGGAACUUUCCCAGCAAGUGCCAGUAAACAACAGUGUCAGCAGCUACGACCAGUCUAACGAGGAGCAACACAUUGCUCCAGACAGUGCCAGUGAUAAUCUGUAUUAUGCAGAUCAGGGACAAACUAAUGGUCCUGGAAGUUUGAUGAACCAAGAGCCACUGGUCGAUGAAGAUGAUGGCAAUGAAGAAGAAUCACUAGAACUGCAAGAAGUCGUCAUUGACAAGCAGCCACAGAUUCCUCAUCAUGAACCUGCCAAAGAAAUACAAGUCACUCAACCAGUGGAGGAGGAGGAAGCUGUUUCUCCACUUACUGAUGGACAACCUGCUGAGGCUCCUUAUGAAGAAGAGCAGGAAGAUGUCGAAGAGGAGGAGGAGCCUGAAGAGCCAGGGCCUGAACUAGAGGCACCUUUAGAGGAUGUCUCUGGUGAGCCUGUUGAAUCAGUACCAGAGAAGCCAAAGACCUGGGCUGCCCUUGCUGCAUCUCGUGCACCAUCAGGUCAAUCUAACUCUGCUCCAGCUACAAACUCACGCCCUGUGAGACAGACACAACAGUCUCCUGCUCAGGCUGUCUUACCACCACCACCUAGACCCCAGGCUGCCCCAGCCCGCCCCUCCAAGGAAACCCGUGGAGGAAUGAGCAGUAGAGAGGCAAGACUGACGGCACGGAAUGCACCUGAUAAUCAUCAGGUGUUUAUUGGUAAUUUGCCUCCUGGAGUCAAGGAUGAUGAAGUGCGAAAUGUGUUUUGUAAGUAUGGAACAAUACUGGAAAUCAGGCUCAAUCCCAAGAACUUUGGAUUUGUGAUCUUUAACAGCUCUGACCCAGUGGAACAAAUUCUAAACAACAGACCAAUCAAAAUUGGUGACCAUGAAAUCAACAUUGAAGAGAAGAAGCCUAGCGGAGCAGUCGGCCGCGGUGGAGGUGGAAAUCGUCGAGGUGGUGGUGGUGGCGGAGGUGCGCGUGGAAACGCGCGUGGGGGUGGCAGUGGAGGCGGUGGACAAGCUGGCCGAGGAGGCGCUGGAGGAUCUCGGGCGGGUAACCGCGGAGGAUUUGGAGCGAAUACUGGCAAUGCAAACGCAGGGUCUGGAUCUAGCGGGCGAUCGGGCGGGCGUCGGGACAGCGGGGGUCGUGGCGGGAAAUACAAGUAGUAUGGUGCGACGUUGAGAGAAGUAGCAUAAAUUAUUCCCAAGGAAAACAAAAGACAAAAGCAAGCAGACAGCCAUGGUGGCGUUUUUGUUUUUUUUUCCUUUUCACUUCCUAGAAAGCUUUUAUGUCGUUUUCAUGUAUGUGUUGUGGGCCGAACAACAUGGCGGGCUGGUUUGCAUUUUGUCUGCUGGCGGAUAACGUUGAAGAUUGUUGUAGUAGUUGUAAUUAUAGUCAUACAGUGUCGCGGUGUGCUCGUCGUGUUAGAGAGUUUUAUCGUUACUAAAUAAUAAGCCACUUACGUUUAUUUUUUCAAGGCAAGUGGAAAAGCCAGGCUUUUACACCACCGAGCCGCAAUACCGCCAUGGUUUUGCCCAUCCUCCAUCGCUCUUUCAACACAGGCGAACUUUAUACGAAGUGAAAUUUCAGAUUUAAAAAUAAUUGUGACCUUUUUUUAGUGUAGAGACCGUCCAAAGUUAUAUGGAAAUGCGACGUUUGCAGUAUUUAUAUUGGAUACCACUAUUACGAAUCACCAAGGAAUAAAAAGAAGCCUGCAAUAUUGUAA